AUGGCCGAAGAAGCAGCAGUAGCAUCGACGCCGCCUCAAUCAUCUGUGCCACCAUUGGGAUCUUCCGUUAUACCACUAGUGAACAAGCUACAAGACAUAUUCGCUAAACUUGGUAGCAGAUCCACUAUAGAGUUGCCGCAGUGGCGGUGGUUGAAAGCAGGCGUUGGCAAGUCCGGUGUGCUAGAGUCGCUAGUUGGCCAUGAUUUCUUGCCUCAUGGUUCCGAUAAAUGCGCGUCUCCCUCUUGUCCUUCACUUCUCCGGACCAGCGCUGAGAUGGAUAGGGAGGCUGGAGGAAACAAAAGUGUUUCUGACAAGCAGAUUCGACUUAAGAUUUUCUCACCAAAUGUUCUUGAUAUCACUCUCGUGGAUUUUCGUGGAAUCACAAAGGUUCCCGUGGCAAAUUCUGAUGCGCUUGAAAUUGCUGGAAAUACUAAUCCUGAUGGUAAAUUAUACGAUCAAAAUCCCAACUUCUGCAUUCGAUUGGAUAUAAUGGACAGAGGUACUGAUGCUUGUAAUCUGCUGCUUGGGAAAGUGAUUCCCUUUCGACUUGGUUACAUAGGUGUUGUGAAUUGUAGUCAAGAGGAUAUUUUACUCAACCGGAGUAUCAAUGAUGCCCUUGUGGCAGAGGAAAAGUUCUUCCGUAGUCGUCCAGUAUAUAAUGGUUUAGCUGAUCGUUGUGGUGUACCUCAAUUGGCGAAGAAGUUGAACCAGGAGGUUGAUCCAUGUGAAGGCUUGACUGACGAUGAUAUUCGAACUGCUAUUCAGAGAAGCUCUUCAAUUUAUACUUGGUUGAUUAGGUGGGUUUUAGAGUCUUGA